CUGUGAUUGGUGGAGACAAACUCAAGCUCGGUUGUGAUUGGCUGGUCCGGGAGCAAGUCCAGUUUUCUUAAGACACGCCCUCUUUCUUGGUCAAAGCACCAACAUGGAGACUGCUGGAAAAGUGAUCAAGUGCAAGGCUGCAGUGGCCUGGGAAGCUGGAAAGCCUUUAUCAGUGGAGGAAGUGGAGGUGGCACCACCCAAAGCCCAUGAAGUGAGAGUGAAGAUCCACGCGACAGGCGUGUGUCACACCGACGCCUACACUCUGAGCGGCAGCGACCCCGAGGGCCUGUUUCCCGUCAUCCUGGGCCACGAGGGAGGAGGAACCGUGGAGAGCGUCGGAGAGGGAGUGACCAAGUUCAAACCAGGAGACACUGUGGUUCCACUGUACAUCCCACAAUGUGGAGAAUGCAAGUUCUGCAAAAACCCGAAGACCAACCUGUGCCAGAAAAUCAGGGUGACCCAGGGGCAGGGUCUGAUGCCCGAUAAGACCACCAGGUUCACCUGUAAAGGUAAAUCCAUCUUCCACUUUAUGGGCACCAGCACAUUCAGCGAGUACACGGUGGUGGCCGAUAUCUCUCUGACUAAAGUGGAUGAACGCGCACCGCUCGAUAAAGUGUGUCUGCUCGGGUGUGGGAUCUCGACAGGGUACGGAGCUGCGCUGAACACUGCUAAGGUCGAGCCCGGAUCCGUGUGCGCGGUGUUCGGUUUGGGAGCCGUCGGUCUCGCCGCCAUCAUGGGCUGUAAAGCCGCCGGAGCCUCCCGGAUCAUCGGCGUGGACAUCAACCCGGAAAAGUUCGAAGUGGGCAAGAAAUUCGGCACCACCGAGUGUGUGAACCCGAAAGACCACAGCAAACCCAUUCAGGAAGUGCUGAUGGAGAUGACUGAUGGAGGCGUGGACUACAGCUUCGAAUGCAUCGGCAACGUCGCCAUCAUGCGUGCCGCUCUGGAGGCGUGUCAUAAGGGCUGGGGGACGAGCGUGAUCAUCGGCGUGGCCGGCGCGGGUCAGGAGAUCUCCACUCGGCCGUUCCAGCUCAUCGUAGGACGCACGUGGAAGGGCACUGCGUUCGGAGGUUGGAAGAGUGUCGAGAGCGUCCCUAAACUGGUGGAAGACUACAUGAACAAGAAACUGAUGGUGGACGAGUUCGUGACCCACACGCUGCCCUUCGAUCAGAUCAACGAAGCCUUCGACCUCAUGCAUGCUGGAAAGAGCAUCCGAGCCGUCCUGACCUUCUGAAGACCAGCUUGAGCUCCUCUAUCAAACUUGGAUCAUUAAUUAAUGUCUGGCACUUAGAAAUAACUCGAGCACUUACAGUUCAGAUCCUGAUCUCAGAGUUGGUGAUUGUUGCACAUUAAAGUGGAUUUAAAAAAAAAGAUCAAUAAACUGAUCAUUACAUGGUUUA